AUGGAGCUUAUGAACAGUAGCUGGUUUCAACCAUUGACUCUUCUUCUAACAGGCAUCCCUGGACUAGAGGCUAUACAAAUAUGGAUCUCUAUCUCACUGUGUAUCAUGUACCUAAUCACCCUCCUAGGAAACUGCACCAUUUUCCUUGUUAUCAAAACCACCUCCAUCCCUUAUGUGUCUCAGUACAUUUUCCAGUCUAUGCUGGCAGCUAUAGAUGUGGGUCUGUCUGUAUCAACUCUGCCUACAGUAUUGAAUGUCUUCCUCUUUAAUCACAGGCAGAUUGAAUUCCACUGUUGUCUACAGAUGUUCUUCAUUCACACCUUUUCUUCUAUGGAAUCAGCUAUCCUACUGUCCAUGGCCUUUGACAGGUUUGUAGCUAUUCACAACCCACUGCACUAUACUGUGGUUUUAACUCCUUCUUGGAUUAUUGGGAUGGGGCUUGUAGCUGUGGUAAGGAGUGUGGUGUUGAUGACACCUUUGCCCAUUCUGCUCAAGAGCCUGCCCUUCUGCAAGGGUGUCAUUCUUUCCCAUUGUUACUGCUACCAUCCUGAUGUUAUGAAGUUGGCCUGUGGCCCUGUCAGAGUCAACGUCAUCUAUGGAUUAGCUCUAGUCCUCUGUUCAUUUGGAAUUGACUCUAUACUCAUUGUCAUUUCAUACAUCUUGAUUUUGAAAACAGUGCUGGGUAUUGCCUCAGGAGAGGGUCAACUCAACACACUUAAUACUUGUGUUUCCUACAUCUUCACUGUCUUCAUCUUUUAUAUGCCGCUCAUUAUGUUGGCCCUAAUUCAUAGGUUUGGUACAUUCACAUCUCCUCUUCUCCACAUCACCAUGGCCAAUCUCUUCUUCUUCUUGACUCUCCUUAAUCCCUUGGCUUAUAGCCUGAAAACCAAACCAAUAAGAUCAGCAGUGUGUAAGGCAUUCAAGGACAGGGAAAAUUGUUCAAUUAGUCACAUAUGGCCUUAG